GGCAGUUAGUCGCUCGCUCAGACGCUCACCACGAGCACGGUGAUUUCGACGCACGGCAUUUUAUUCUUUCGUUCGCAGUUUGUUCGCGUUGACCUGGUCCCCUUUUCUUGGAUACCCGUCUUUGUUCUCCGACCAACCGAUUCGACGUUCAUGACCUCUGACCCGUGCUGGCGUAUGCGAGGGCCAUGAGAGCAGGCGUGGUGAGCGCGGCCCUCGUCCUGCUGGCAGCAGCCGCCGGCGCCAUGGACGUGGCGCUGUCGCCGCCGGCGCUGCUUUUGCCGUGCGAGGGCCUGGACACGUGCCAACAGGGCGAGUUGGGCGAGGGGUCGUCGCCGGCGCGGGCGCCGCGUCUGCUGCCGCUGGACACGGACUGGAAGGAGCGCAACUGCAUGUGCGACCGCGAGUGCAGCCGCCACGGCGAUUGCUGCGACGACGCACCCAGCAUUCAACUCACCGCCAAAGAGCAACUACCGUUUGAGUGCAGAGAACUACGCAACUUUGGUGGCAUCUACCUCAUCUCCUCCUGCCCCUCCAAUUAUUCAGCCUCCAACGAGACUCUCGAGGGCUGCGAAAAUCCCCAUUCGAACUCAACCCACCGCGACCCUUUGGCCGAUCUGCCGGUCACGGACCGCGAGUCGGCCCUGACCUAUCGCAACGCCCACUGCGCCGUCUGCAACAACGCCAACCCGAGUAAUUUGGAACUUUGGGCGGCUCGACUCGAGUGUCCGUCUCUGCACUCGGCCGACCAGAUGGAAGUUCGACGCAAGCUGCGCUUUGAAAACGGAACGUGGGGCGUGUGGCUUCCGCGAGUGGAGCCGCCGAAGCCGCCGCCGACCGAGAAAGAGGUCAGCGACAAGGUCACCGCCUUCCUCCGUCGAGGGCAGCAACGCCGAAGCAACAACUCGACGACGUCUGCGGCCCUUCUGCAGCGCCUCAGACGCCGUCAGCAACGCAGCGUUUCGUGGCACGCCUGUAAUGUUGACCCUGUUUUGCCCGAAGGCCUCGUUCACCUCAUCCGGAGGUGCCGACCCAACGUGAUCGGACAGUGUCCGGACACUUGGCGCGAGCCGAAGGUGGCGGAAAUGUGCAAGGCCCACACGGCCCACGUUUUCCACGGCGUGGGUCGCACCUUCAGGAACGUCUACUGCGCCAUGUGCUCAGGCGUCCCUGUUCAAGAACUGUCCUGCCAAGGUCUGUUGGGCACCAGAAAUGGAAUCUACAAGGACUUCAGUCCCACGGCCUUUGCAAUUCUGUUUGACUUUUCGCCGACGCACACUUGCCACGGAAAAUUCUUCGAUCCUUUUUACGGCUCCUGCAGAACUCUGGUGUGCCAAGACUCGCCGGACACUUCGGACUGCGUGUCCAAAAAACCCAAGUCUGAACCUUUGAGGCAACAAACCACCACCGAAGAAUCAAACUCCAUUCCGAAUGACUCGCCGAACAAACUGGAUUGCAACACAGUCCAGUUGUCGGCGGAAGAAUUCACCGUAAUCGAUCCGGACACUCUGCUCGUGUCCCAUUCCGGUGUGCAACUAAGAGAAUUUCGGCUCCUGCCCAAUGGCUCGGCCAUUCUUUGCAAGGAGCCGCUUCUGCAGGACGCCGCCAGCUUUGCCGAAGACAGAUUUGGAGCCGCCCUCGGCUAUGUGACCCUAGUUUGUCUUGGGGUGUCCAUAAUCUGUCUCGUCCUGCACUUGCUGGCCUUCUGUCUGUCAAAGACGCACAGAGCGUCGGCUAAUAAUUUGGCUUCUUUGUGCAUUGCGCUGCUGGUUGCCUACAUAGCCUUUUUGGUUGGUCAGGUCGUCCGUCAGCAUCACGCCUUCUGCGUCGCUUCGGCGGUGCUCACCCUUUACUGCUUCUUGGCCGCGUUUUGCUGGAUGCUGGCCAUCGCCGUCGACGUUUGGAGCUCACUCAGGAUGGCCACCACUCAACUGCGGUGCUCUUCAUCAUCAAAAUGGAAAAGAUUUUUCUUCACUUCCCUGCUGUGCUGGCUGAUUCCGGCCAUGAUUGUUCUGGCAGCUGUGCUCAUCGAGAACGCUCCUGCCGGCGCUGUUCCCGAAAUGCUGCGGCCUGCCUUUGCCGCCCGGCCAGGCAUUUGCUGGUUCACAAGCCGCCGCUCCCUUUUGCUCUUUUUCGCAGCGCCAGUUUCAGUUGUGAUGCUCCUGAACGCGAUCUUCUUCACCUCGAGCGCCCUCAUGAUCCACACCUCGAGCAUUUCCAGGACCGACUUCCGGCUGUACCUGCGCCUGGCCGUCCUGAUGGGCCUGACCUGGUCCGUCGGCCUCUUGGCCGGCUUCCUCGACACGCCCGCCCUGUGGGUGGUGUUCGUGGUGCUCAACAGUCUGCAAGGGCUGUUCAUCUUCCUCGCCUUCACAUGCACAACCAAGGUGCUCAAGGAGGCCAAGGACAAUUGCUGUUGUUGCUGUUUGCGGCGCCGACGACGCGGCGUCAUCAACACCGACAGCAUUCAGGGCAUCAAGGGCACCACCAAGGUGACCAGCAGCGCCGACCUUUUGCCCUGGUCCGCCUUCUCCAGCAGCGUCAUCUCCACCAAGUCGUCGCUGCACAGUAUGGACUCGAGCAGAAGUACAGAUGAGACGCUUUAUUGAGAUUUUAUAUUAUUUACAAUAAAAAUUCUAUUUUUAAUUGAUUGAGAUGGAAUGUGUAAAAAGUUCAAACUAUGUAUUUUUGUACAUAAUAAGCAGAGAAGUGCAUUUUCCUACAUCUUGUUUUGUAUAAUUUAAUCCUGUACAUAUCAGCCAAAUAAAUGUUUAGUGAAUAUAUAAACAAAAUAGAAUAAAAAUAAGAGUAUAAUA